AUGUCCGAUCUACCCAAUCCUACACCUCCAUCAAAUAAUUCACCUAUUGAUUCUCAAAACCAUAUUCAACCUCCUUCGCCAAGCAUACAAGCUCAAACCGGCUUGCUCACUUCAUCCCACAUCCGCAACCAACAAAUCCAAGGCUUAGACGCCCUCACUAAUCCUUUUCUUGCUCUGCCCACCUCAUCCCCACACCACCCCGACAACAAAAAACCCAUCGCCAACAAACCUACUCGACAACCUACUCCCCCGAUCCCUCACUAUCACUUCACCCCUACACCUUUCAAUUCUUCCGCACCCCCCCAAUCUUCAUCCUCCUCCACCAACCCAACACCCACUGUAACUCCAUCUCAUCCCCCCGUCUCAACUCCUGCGGCUACCACGGCUACUGAUAACACGGUUUCCCCGACCCCAAUCGCUACGAAAAAAGACAUAAAUCACGAGACACCCCCUCACAUGAUCCAGACCCAGCCCGUGCCAGCCACAAAUCCGUCUAUGCCGGACUUUGCCAACUCGCCCGCCGGUUAUUAUCCUCCCUUUCCCUACAUGUCUUACCCCUACCCGUACCACCAUCUCCCCUACGGUUUUCCACAAAACCAAUCUCCCGUGACACCUUCUCCCAAUCCCGUUCAACACCCCGCUUUCCCGGUCAGCCAUCCCCAAGCACAACUCCCACCUCCAGCUACUCAGACUCGGCAGGAGACCCUAGAUCGCGCCAUUGAAGACACUCGUAAUCGACGUUUUGCCGAGGAAGAUCGCCGCAACACAACGUCCAACAUAUCUUCCGCAAUCAAACUGAUUCGAGAACGUGAUAUACUCCUAGCGGACGGCAGUAAUUUCCGCAAAUGGGCCCGCCGACUUCGAGAACUCGCAUCCCAGGUCUUGUACAAUGCCGAUUUUUUCGACAAACCGACCACCAACAUCCAUCACGAGAAGAUUGGCCGGGCUAUUCUUCUCCACUCCAUCGACUCGUCUCUUGAGGACGGCAUCUCCUCGAUAUCAACCUGUCAUGAAGGUUUCAAGAACAUCAAAUCCCGCUUCAACUCGGUCUGCCGGGCCGCACAAAUCUCGACCCUGGACGCACUUCUGAAAAUCGACCCCAACUCGUUUGCGACUUCGGCUGCUUGUGGCGCUCGAAUGAACGAUCUCAUAACCGAUUUGAAAGAUCUGAACAUUGCCUUCACCGUGGACAACAUCCUCGGACUCCUUUUUCAGCGGAACCAACGAUCGGGUCCAGUUAAGCAAGAAAUGGCUCAGCGUGUCGAGCACAUCAUGUAUACGGACGCUCUUCACACGGCACCGACGUUUGAGAAGCUCCUGAAGAUGUACGAUGUUUGUCGCAACCAGGUUGCUCUUUCCGACUCCGGUGGUAACAACUCUCUUUUCCCUGACAUCCAAAGCCCACACCAUAUGAUUGCCGACGCCCCGGCGGAAAUUUUAGAGCCAGAGGCAACAGUGAACAAUGACGAUGUUGCUGUGAACGCUGCACGACCCAAUAACAACUGUCAUAUAUGCCAACAGCCGGGUCAUUGGUCCAACUCCUGCCCCGCAAGGACCAAACCUGUCCCACAGAAAUCCGGUAACACCUCCAACUUUCGAAGUGCCCCACAAUAUUCUUCUCCGUCGUAUCUCCCCUACUGUCCUAUUGUUGUUGCCCCAAACUUCACACCCUAUGGACAAAACAUUUUCCCCGGCAACCCAGGUUCCCAGCCGGUCUUUGCGCCGCACAACAAUUCCAUUCCCCCCAAUCCUCCUCACUCUCGCAUUAACAACCCACCAUCCAACAACCGAUCUUAUGAUUCCUACAAACCCAACUAUGCAACCCAGAAGCCCGCCGUAUCGGCAAAGAACAUUGAUGUUGGGAACAUUGAGGACGAGAUUGCUGAGCUCCAAAUGACCGGAGAAGCUACAGCGGAAGCCAUCGGGCUUGGCUCGAACGUCAUCACUGACACGGGCGCUACUAAUCAUCUUACUGGAGACAGGUUUGCUCUUUUUAACUUUAAACUCCUCCAGAAACCUAUCCCCCUGAGAGUAGCGACUGACGGUUGCAACGAAUGUAUCACAGGGGUGGGGACAAUGGUUUUUCCUGGAAAGAGUGGAAUGACCGUCUCCGUUAACGGGGUUAUGUUCUGUGAGCAAGCGAAUGCCACCCUUAUCUCCCCUUCCGCACUCUGUCGUGCUAAUGUGUCCAUUAGCUAUGACACCUCUUCAGAUACCUUCCUCUUCCGAUCAAGCGAUGACCGAAUCCUCCUUGAGAGCAAACUUGACCCAACCGGUCGAUGUUGGACACUCCCGCGGCCUAUAUCUCGGACUCCGUCCAAUGGAUCCCGCCUAAUCCAACCACCCAUCUCUAAAUCCGUUUCUAUUCCCAAUGUUAUGCCUUCCUCGUAUGAUCACCUUGCUGCAACCCCUGUUCCCUCCAAUGUUGAUGACAAGACUUCCGAAUUUAUCUUCUCCUAUCCCAUCGACAAACAAAGUUUCAAUUGGCAUGAAUCUGACCUCACAAAAGAUGAAAUGAAACUACUUUUUUGGCACCGAGUUUUUGGGCAUGCCGGACUACGUCGCAUCCAAAAGAUGAUUAAGUUGAACCUCGGUGUAGGACUUCCCACUGAUCUCCCUAAAGGGGAUAUUAAGUGUCCAGUUUGCAUGAUUGCUAAAGGCACUCGGACCAACACUCUACUCCCCACUUUCAGGCCAGUAGGCACCCUGGACAUCAUUGCCUGCGAUCUGAUGGGUCCUUUCGAGAUUCCGACCUUUGGAGACAGGAAAUAUAUUCUCGCCAUUCGAGAUAUUGCUACGUCUUAUAGCGAAAUUAAGAUAAUGUCAAAAAAGAGUGAGGCCACUCAAUUGCUAAUCGACCAAGUUCUACGUUUUGAAACAGCUACAGGCAAACGAGUCAGAUGCAUCCGAUCUGAUAACGGCGGGGAGUUUGAAACAAAAAUUCUAGCUGAUUUCAUCAAAAAGAAAGGCAUCAAGGCGGAGAGAUCGCUCCCAUACCACCAUUACCAGAAUGGGGCUAUCGAAUGGUACAACAGGACAGUCUCUGACAUGGGAAGAGCGGUGCUCACUGACAGCCACCUACCGCGGAGCUUUUGGGGAUUCGCGUUUCUGUGGGCCAACUACACGCUCAACAGGGUUCCGAACAAAGUAAGUGGUAAUCAAACACCUUUUCAGGCGUUCUACGGCUAUAAACCAACCCUCGACCACAUGAGAGUGUUUGGAUGCCGCGCUUUUGUGCUGACCCCACCAGAAAAGCGAAAGCGUUUGGAUGACAGGGCCCUCAAGGCGCGAGUCAUAGGUUAUGUUGACGGUGGAAAGGGCUGGAUGCUCUGGGUUCCUUCCACUAACAAGAUUGUUGUUUCAGCAUGGGUCCAAUUUGCGGAUGAUCCUUUGAAGCUGACAACAGGCAACAAAAAAGCCACUUCUGUUAUAGAUCCUAGACUAACCGGUGCCCAGGUACAUACUCCACAACACCAGAUAGAUCCCCAAAUCCGCCCAGAUGUCAAAGCCUUCCGUUUUGUAAUGGCGUGUCAGCUUGGGAAUUUUGUUGCCGAAGAAACUUUUGAAAGUCAGGAGAAGCUUCAGGACGAACUGGAUCAGAAGACCAAGUCACCCAAUAUUCCGACCCCGAAGAACUACAAGGACAUCUUGAAACAUCCAGAAAGAGAAGCAUGGCUCAAAGCAAUUCAGGAAGAGCUACAGAAUCUCUUUCGACAUGAGAUCUGGACUAUUGAACUCGUGCCCGACGGAAGACGUGUCAUGGGAGCUCAAUGGGUAUUUGUCGAGAAGCGGACGGCGGACGGCAAACUCAUCAAAUUGAAGGCUAGGUACGUAGCAAAAGGCUAUGCUCAAAUAGCCGGUGUUGAAUUCCUCGAUACAUUCGCGCCUACGGCAACUUUUGUCUCCCUGCGUCUUCUACUGACGAUCGCAGCCAAAUGCAACUGGCCCGUUUAUUCUUUUGAUUUUGUAGCAGCCUACCUUCAUUCGCCGAUAGAUGAGGAGAUAUGGGUCAGGCCCCCGGAAGGCCUCGAUGUGCCGAAAGGGUACGCGUGCAAACUCCAGAAAGCCCUCUAUGGCACGAAACAGGCUGCUAGAUGUUGGUGGAAACAUCUUCAAAAGAAACUCAAAGAUCUGGGUUAUACCCCCAGCCAGUUUGACAGCUCACUUUACAUCUUACAGCAUUCGUCGCAUAAGGGUGCGAUCUGGGUACACGUUGACGACGGUGUCGUUUCGGGUUCUAGUGACGAAAUACUCCGCCAGCUAGAGAAAGAUCUUCAGGAUUGUCUCGAGAUCAAAUGGCAAUCCGGGGUGGAGACGAUUGUGGGUGUUGAAGUCACAAGAGGUACAGGAAGUUUUUCUCUCCGUCAAAAGAAACUAAUUGACAAGAUACUCGAGGAUCAUUGGGAUAAAAAAUCCCUUGCCAAAACCCCUCUCCCUACUAAUUACAGUGCGGAAACAGAGAAUCCCGAUGGUGAUCCUACACAAUCGUCGGCGUAUCUCUCAGUGGUUGGCGGACUCAGCUAUCUGGCAGUCGGUACGAGACCUGACAUAGCAUUCGCGGUCAACUACAUGGCCAGAUUCAGUGCAUGUCCCGCUCCCGUCCACUGGAAAGCACUACGACAUGUUGUAAACUACCUGGCGAACACCAAAGACCGUUUCCUUCAGAUCAAUCCCCGGGAUUCGGACAAACCUCUCAAGUGCUAUAGCGACACGGGUUGGGGCGACGACUACACACAGUAG